AUGGGUCACACCACAGAUGAGUGUGUAACCCUGAAGGAUAAGAUCAAAGAACUAAUUCGUGCGAGGCAAUUGAAAAGGUAUGUGCGGGUCGACCGCCCCCACGCGCCCAUAGACCGAUCAAGUCCACGGCGGACCAAUCCUAGGAAACCAGAGAAGCAAGGAAGGUCUAGAAAUGACCAGACCGACCGCCCACGAUCGGAGAGGCGACGAAGUAGAAGCCAUAGCAGGAGCCACGACCGUCCCUUACGAGGACACAUCAAUACAAUAUCUGGUGGUUUCGCCGGAGGAGGAUCUUCUUCAUCUGCCCAGAAGUGUCAUAUGCGGGCUUUACAGUUCGUUCACUCGGUGGACAAGUCCCGGAGGACGAUGCCCCCCAUUAUGUUUUCGGAUGAAGACUUUCACGCCCCUAAUCCCGAUCAGGAUGAUCCGAUGGUGAUAACAACGGAGAUCGCCCAGUACAGUGUGAGUAAGGUACUGAUGGACCAAGGGAGCUUAGUAAACAUCCUCUACUGGAAGACUUUCCAACAGAUGGACAUAUCGGAAGACCUGAUCGUCCCACACAACAAGCAGAUCGUAGGUUUUGCAGGCGAGAGGGUAGACACUAGAGGAUAUAUGGAUUUGCGCACAAGACUCGGGACCGGUCGGCACAGUGAGGAAAAGAGGGUCAGAUACUUGUUGGUGGAGGCAAACACCUCCUACAACAUACUACUGGGUCGACCGUGCCUGAACGCCUUUGGAGCGAUCGUAUCAACCCCCCACCUCACGAUGAAGUUUCCCUCGCACAAAGGGACAAUCUGCACUGUCUGGGCGGACCAAAAGACGGGUAGGGAAUGCUACGCCACAGGCCUGAAGCUUCACACCCGCAUGGUGAGAAGGAGGACAGGUGGUUCCGAGGUGGCUAUGGUCGACCUUGACCCAUUGACGAACACGAAAGAUCGACUGGAACCCCUCGGGGAGAUGCAGCCAGUCCUGAUAGGGAAAGACGCUUCCUAG